AUGCCCUCUGCUGAGACAUCCAACAAGGCUUUCAUUGAUGCUGCCGCUCAGGUCAUUCAAAUACUGGCAGGUGUGGUGACGUUGCAGGACAGUAACCCCGAACACCUUCGGUUGGCUAUGCAGGUGGGGGAUAUCUUGUCCCAUGGUUUUGAAACCCAUGGCAUUUCGGCCACUGUGGUCCCCCCGGUCCUGCUCUCAGCAGCCAUGGAGAUGCUAGAACACCUGGACCGCACUCGGCAACAUUUUGUUAGUGUGCCGAUGUGGAAGAACAUCACCGCCGAUGAUCCCCGGGUCCAGCAGCAUCCAUUGAAAGACAAGGCCCGCACCCUCUUUGUAUCCAGGCCGGUGCCAUCAACAUCCACCGCCGGGGUCACAAAGUCGACGCCAGCACCAGGCCCAUCAAGGCCAAAGCCCAAGCCGGCAUUGAAGAAGAAGCUGGUGAAGGGUAAAGUAGACAAGGGUAAGGGUAAGGAAGUGGUGCCGCCGCCAGAAGAUGUGGAAGACGUUCAGGGACGAGGCCUGUACUCUGGCCAUUGA